CUUCAAGCUCAGCUCCACCGGGCCAUUCGAACCCUUCGAAAUUUGAUUCAACAACAAUUCUGAUGACUUCAAGUUCAGUCUUACCUCUUGAGAUUUUUGAGCAGAUUGUGAGCUGGCUUGAAUAUGAGAGUGACAUAAAUGCUCUCGCUCGUACCCAUAGGGCUUUCUACCAUUUUGGGAACCCGAUGCUGUACCGACACAAUGUGCGCCAUGGGAAAGGCUCGGCGUUAGGCUGGGGGGUCCAACAUGGAAUUUUGGCGACCGUGCAACGAGCUUUUGAGGCCGGCGCCUCGGCAGAAAAGUGCGGCGAUGCCGAGAUUGAAUGGCGACCGAUGGCGCUGGCGGUGGUCGAAGGCCACGAGGACAUUGUGUGGUACUUGUAUGAACACUGUAGGGUCAAUAUUCGUCGCACGUGGGGAUGGAUGAAUCCUUGUCAUGAGAGAUAUGGCAAAUAUCCCGGCAGUCUGCUGCUGCUGGCCGCCCAGAAUGGUCAUGAGAGCCUCGUUCGCUUCUUCGUGAAUCACCUCCCGCGGCCGUACCAUGUCGAUCAUCCAGCGGAUCCGGGUGAAGGAACGCCGUUGAUGGCGGCUGCCAAAGGGGGGCAUCUAGCCAUCGUACACCUGCUAGUCGAGGCGGGAGCGAAUCUCGAGGUCCAGAAUCGCAGUCAAAUGACCCCGCUCAUGUUAGCCGCGGCGCACGGUCAUCUGCAGGUUCUACAGUUCUUGAUGCAACAGGGCGCUGACCCCACCGUGACCCAACCGAACGGCUGCUCUGCCCUGUGUUGGGCAGCGGGGAGGGGGCACGUCGAGAGCGUUCGCUGCCUGCUCGAGGAGGAUGUGAUUACACGGUUGACUUGCCACACUUUGGGGCCGUCGGCGCGGCAUCACGCGGCCAUCUGUCCCCUCGGGUGGAGCGGAUGGUUAAGGCACGACGAGGUAGUCGCCCUGCUUCUAAAGAAAUGGGACUAUGCAGCGAGGACGAGUCACCCAUCCGAUAAGGGUGUACUCUUAUGCGUGGCUGCGGGCCUUGGAUAUACGGCCCUAAUUCGGGACCUGCUUGAGAACCAUGAGUACGAUCCCAAUGCUCGAUUGAGUCUGAUUCGAACGCGGUGGGAUGAACUACCGACGGCUCUUUGCUGGGCUGCCGCCCGAGCUCGCGUCGAGGUGGUCGAGGUACUCCUCGCGCAUGAUGCUGAGGUUUUGCCGGCGCAGACGCGGGAGUACCGGAAUCCUUUCAUCCAGGCCAUUGUCCACGGUUCAGAUGCCAUGGUCUCUCUCUUUCUGCGCGCCGGGGUAAACCCCAACGACCAGGAUCGAAGUCACAACUUGGAUCACCUUGUAGCUCCGGCGCUGAAGCAUGCCAUCCCAUUCGAGAGCAUCUUCCGCCGCCUGCUUGUCGCCGGGGCUGACCCUACCGCUGUUGACAGCAUGAAGUACUCGGUCAUUGCCCAUGUCCUAAGAUCCGGCCGGACGGUCGUCGUCCAGAUGCUUAUCGAUGAGGACCUGGAUCUCUCGCUCCACUUGACUCGCUCCAACCUGUUGCACGAAGCCGUCCGCGGCGGCCGCGCGGUCCUCGAGCUUCUCCUCAAUACCGGCAAAUGGGAUUCCUUGCUCUCGCCCGGCCAUCUGGACCCUUCCAUCUGCGAGAAAGCUCUCGGGAUUGCCGCGGAGACCGCGCAGGUCGAGGCUCUGCAGUGGCUGCUGGAUCGAGGGUUUUUGCCAGUCCGAGGUGCCCAGUCGCCGCCGCCCAAGGUCCAUCUCCUGAGCCUUGCGGCACUCACAAAGGCGGCCGAUGAGGACGCCGCGGCCACUCUGGAUCUCCUUCUGCAGGCCGGUCUAGACAUCGAUGAGACGAUCGCCUACAAAACCGCGCUGCAGAGUGUGGCCCGGCAUUAUAACCUGUUUGGAGAGUCGGAACGCUUUCGCGUGCGCUCGCGCAUGCUGCUCGAGCGCGGUGCCACUCUGUUGCCGCCCCAAAGCCUCCCGCAGGCCACGCGCUACGACACCCUCUCGGGAUUUAACAUCCGCCUCAUCGGUCAGCACCCUGAGCUUGACGUCAUGAUCUUUCAGGAGUUGGAGGCACGCCGUGAGCCGUGGUCGGUGGUAAAACAUCUGUUCAGGUGGGCGGACCAUCGUGCGCGCGAGCGCCAGAAUUGGAAGCAUGUCCGGGUCAUCACACAGCACUCGUGGCGAUUGCGGUACCCUGUUUGAACUCGCUUCCUGUAUGUGCUGGAGGCUCUGCCUCGCAUUGGUGGUAACAGUGAGAAAGGUACCCAGGAUAUGGAUAACUGAAUGAAUGACUCACCAUCACGAUGGAAAGAAAUGCCUCCCCCGUGGAACUGUGGCACACAGUUGUCAUGGCAAUGACGUUUCAGUUAUUAUUGACAUAAUCCAGAACCCGAACAUCCAAAGAGGUGACCAAAUUGGCCCAGAGGUCAAUUUGCGAGAUGUAAUCGAGGCAAUAUGGUAUAAUCUAAAACCAACUAGAAUUCCC